GUCUCUGUCUCGAAUACUCAACAACGAUGACGAUGAGCCCCUCCCGCCAAUCCAGUCUCGAACCGGCCCUGCCUAUACCCCUUUACCUCAAGCCUCGUCUACCCAUGCAUGCUCCGUGACCAACGAUCCGUCUGUUGACCGGGUGGUUUACCAUGGGUCUGGCACUCUCAGUUCCGGUCCCGCAGAGAAUGGCCAUUAUCUGCCUGCCAUGCCACGGUGGCAGGAGUUCAAUGCAAGUUCAUGGGGUGCAGGAGGGUCAGCAUCUCGCGUGGAAUCCGACCAGAGGCAUUACAUCACCGAGGUGCCUUCGUCACGAAAGCGAAAACACUUUUACGAGGGGGAAGGACAAUUCACAGGAGCUGAAGGGGAUCCUGGUCAAAUGAGGAAAAGACAUGCGUCCGAUAUCAUUCACCAGUCCCCAGACCGACAAUCUUUUGCAUUGGCAACCUUUAAUGAUCGUCUCAUUCAUCCUGGUGGAAGUCGACAGGAUCGGCGACUGUCCCUGCUUGAGGAGCCACUCUCCCCUAUAUGUAACGGUGCCCUUCAUGACAGCUCUGAACUUGUGGGCGAACCUGCGGGUGAGUAUGUGUCUACUGCUCGUCGGCGAUUGCGCACCAUCGAGAAUGGUUUCGAACGAGACACGAACGAAAGGAAUGAAGCCGCGUACCACACGCUGAUGCAUGGUUUAGCUUCUUCCUCUGGUCAUCAAGAUGGGGAGCGGUCACACCCUCAUCAUCGCACUGACCCUCGUCAGCCGGCCCUUUCGGAUCGAGCCGGUAACAGCGUUUCGGCCAUUCAUUCAAAUGUGUUUCUGGAUGCCAGCCAGCAGAGUUCUGAAAGUGGUACUUUCAUUCGCGACCUACAUGCUCAUGAUGAAGGUGCACCAAUGUUACCAGCGCUCCCAGUUAGCACUCUAUCGUCUCAGUAUGAAGCUAGGCAAGACGUUCGCACGAAAACAGAACUUGCAUCCCCACCGAGUGUCCAUGUCGUUCUCGACGCUGGUUUGGGAGAUCGGAAGCGAAAGCUGGACAACGAGGGAAGGUUAAAAGAGUCUAAAAAGCGCAGGAAGGACUACAGAUCUCCAAUUGAUCAAGACGACUCUACGCUGAAAAGUGCACAGAAUGUCCCAUCACGGUCCCAGUCCGGCCUAGGACUAGAAUUGGGCACAAGUGAAAGGGAAGCACGUGUUCAGGGGCUGGAUCCCACGCACCUCGGUCUCAGUGUCGAGGAUAUGAUAGAUGAACUGGUUGAUGGUCCUCCGAGCCAAACAUCCCAUGCUGGAACCCCGUCACUCAGUGAUGUACAGCCUCUGGCGGGUUCGCCAGUUCCUAGUUUGGUACCCUCCGCAAGGAAGAAGCCUCGCAGCAUCAAGAAGGUCCGAUCUAUUAAAGAGGAAAGAAUGGUUACGCCCUCGCCGACACGCGUCAUUCCUUUCUCAAUUCCCGCCAAUCAUCAACUCGCUCCAGUACCCAGUCGACCGGAGAGUCCCGAACGUCUCCUCCUUCCGCAGAGUCCACCUCGGCACUUCAAGAAGUACACCCUCGAAAUGGCCUCAAAGAGAGCGAAAGUUGUUGAAGAGAACACUCGAAAGGUCUGGAAGAAUAUCGCAUCGUCGGCAGUGCCCAAAGCACACCGUGUGUAUGAAGCGUUCUUCCAUGCACGCAAGUUGCAAACGUUGCGAAUGGCCUUGGCCUCCAGAAAAGAACGUCCUAAGGCAAUUCGCUCGAGGAAUGCCAAGGAAACUGCGGCGAAGUCGAGGAGGAUCAUGAAAGAGAUGCUGACGUUCUGGAAGCAGAAUGAGAAAGCCGAGAAGGAGGAGCGGAAGAAGGCGGAGAGGGCAGAGGCGGAAAGGGCCAGGAUAGAAGACGAAAAGCGCGAACAACAGAGACAGCAAAGGAAACUCAAUUUCCUAAUCACCCAGACAGAGUUAUACAGUCACUUUGUGGGCAGCAAGUUGAAAGACGCUGCGGAUUUGGAGACCAUGCAGACAGAUGGGCCAAGUACGGUUGUUGUAGGCGCAUCACCCUCGAUAUUAGGAGAGCCAGGUGAGAACGGGCUCCAAGCACUUAAUUUCGAAGACGAGGAUGAAAGCAAUCUUCGAGCACACGCUGCCAAGAAUGCUCGGGCAGCUGUUGAUCUUGCUAAGCAGCGAGCCGAUGCCUUCGAUGCAGAUGUUACACAGCAACGUAUCGAAGCGGACAUUGCGAAGGAACCAACAGAAGCGAAGGAUGAUGAACUGAUGAACCUUGAAGCCAGGGAGCUGAACUUCCAGAAUCCUACCAUGUUGCAAGAUGCAGCCGUUGUCGAACAGCCGCAGCUACUAGAUGCCAAACUGAAGGAUUACCAGUUGAAGGGCUUGAACUGGCUUGUUCAACUUUACGAACAGGGUAUAAAUGGCAUUCUUGCGGAUGAGAUGGGUCUUGGAAAGACAGUGCAGUCCAUUUCCCUACUUGCUUAUCUAGCAGAAAAGUACGACAUCUGGGGCCCGUUCCUGGUUAUCGCUCCGGCCUCAACUCUGCAUAAUUGGGAGCAGGAAAUCCGGAAGUUCGUUCCCAGAAUGAAAGUUCUUCCGUAUUGGGGAGUUGUGAAGGACCGACAAACUCUUCGCAAGUUCUGGUGGAACCGCAAAAAAGUCAAAUACAACGAGAAUGCUCCCUUUCACGUUCUGGUCACAAGCUAUCAAAUGGUCCUUGCGGAUGCGCAGUACUUCCAAAGCGUCAGAUGGCAGUAUAUGAUCUUGGAUGAAGCGCAGGCAAUCAAGAGCUCCUCCAGCGCGCGGUGGCAGACCUUGCUGAAUUUUACUUGCCGCAAUAGGCUCCUGCUCACAGGCACACCAAUUCAGAAUUCUAUGCAAGAGCUCUGGGCAUUGCUUCAUUUCAUCAUGCCUAGCUUAUUUGACUCCCACGAGGAGUUCAGCGAAUGGUUCUCGAAGGAUAUCGAGAAUGCGGCGGAGAAUAAAAGCCAACAGCUGAACCAGGCCCAGUUGAAGAGACUGCACAUGAUUUUGAAACCUUUCAUGUUGCGUCGCAUCAAGAAAAAUGUUCAGAGCGAGCUGGGAGAGAAGAUCGAGAUUGAUUCCUACGUGGAAAUGAGUCCAAAACAAAGCCGCAUGCACAAAGCAAUUCGAAGUAAUAUUUCCGUAUCUGACCUCCUGAGCAAAGCCGCUACUAGCGAAGAAGGCAUCCGAACCCUCAUGAACCUUGUGAUGCAGUUUCGGAAAAUCUGCAACCAUCCGGAACUUUUCGAACGUGCGGAUGUCGUCUCGCCAUUUGCCUUUGCCGAAUGGGGACGGUCGGAUGUUCUUAGUUACAGGCGGGAUGCCAGAAUUUUUGACGUGCCUGAUUCGACUAGAAGUCCCAUUGUCGUGCCAAUUCCGAAUCUUCUGCAACGUGACGGUGGACUGCUUUGUGUCCCGGGCUGGAAUAGUCAAGCGGGCUCGGAUACUCACUGGUUGUACAAUAUGAUGAACAUUUGGAGAACAGAUACGAUUGAAGGCUCUAUUCUCAAGAAGGGAUCACCGUUUGCUGUCCUGCCCUUGAUCGAUGUAUCGCCGUCUCAGGCAUACACUUUAUGGGAGGAAACGGUCAUUGCCCGGAUGACGUCUGCCGCAAGCUCGACUAGACGAGCUGUCGAAUCAGCGCCGUAUUUGUUCGAUUCAGACUUUGCUCUUCACUCUGUCAUGCCUAUGUGCACGGUUCAACAGCAUCGACUGGUCAACACCCUUAGUAUUGCCGAAGGGUUGCCUGCCUUGCAUGCCAUUAGCUCCGAUUUCUGGGAAGCAUCGUUCCUAUCUCGAGCCGAGGCCCGUUGCUCUAUAGAUCGCGCUUGUGCGCCAGCGCCGUCCCUCUACGCAAACGAUCGAACGUUUGUGGAGGCGCAGGCCCGUGCGAGGGCAGGUUACGUCGAGAAAUCGGCGCUUUAUGGACCACCGCCAAGCCUACUAGAAUCCCAAGAUGCUUCUGAUGCUUUCGAGCAGCUUGUACCUGGCGUGGCCCCGCAGGGUGUUUUGGCCCUGUCCGAUCGUUCACAGGUGCCACAGACUCAAAUGCGAAUGCCGGAUAUGAAGCGCCUCAUAUACGACUCCGCAAAGUUGGCGAGGCUUGAUUCUCUGCUCCGGGAGCUAAAGGAAGGGGAUCAUCGGGUUUUGAUAUACUCUCAGAUGACCCGUAUGAUUGAUCUCCUGGAAGAAUAUCUUAUCUACCGCCAAUACAAGUACCUCAGAUUGGACGGGACUUCAAAAAUUUCAGAUCGCCGAGACAUGGUAGAAGAGUGGCAGACACGGUCGGACAUAUUUGUCUUCCUUCUCAGCACGCGUGCAGGCGGGCUUGGGAUCAAUCUUACUGCUGCAGACACGGUCAUUUUUUACGACUCGGACUGGAACCCGUCCAACGAUGCUCAGGCCAUGGACCGUGCGCAUCGCCUUGGGCAAACCAAGCAGGUCACCGUAUACAGGCUGAUUGUAAAGGGCACUAUUGAUGAGCGUAUUGUUCAAAUGGCACGUGUUAAAAAAGACGUUCAAGACAUCGUCGUUGGGAACAAGCAAUUCGUCGAAGUUGCAGGAACAAACGAAAUUGUGAAUCUGCUUCUCAGUCCCGAGGAGUUGGAACAAUCCAUGGAUCGACUGAAAGCACAAGCAGCGGCCGAAGCCGUGAACAACGCGGAUGUUAGGAGACGAGCGCGCAAAGCGGUUAACAUGGGAUCCCGUGACCUCUGGCAGGACGAUGGGGAUGACGACAGUUUCUUCGAUCAGGGGGCGGCCAAUGGUGACUUCGAAUUCGAUGAUGAAGACGCACUAGCCGUGAAAUCCAAAAAGACUGGCGCGGGAAAAGGGGUCCUGCAAGUGGGCCAGGAAGCAAAGGGAAAGCGCAAGUACACAAAACGAAGCUCAGAUCAUGCGUCUGCGAAGAAAACCCAGGCCAGCAGGAAGAGAGGACAGUUCAAGCAAGAUGCAGCCGAUACCCAUUCUACUGGCACACCUGUUCAGUAGAUCAUCGAUUUUCUCAAUGAUGUAUGUACGACAUUGUACACCCCACUUGUAUCCUAUUUGAUUUGCAUAGCUCCUUCAGAGCCGCAGUUCCUUUGUAGACGU